AUGUGCUUUCCGGAUAACAUGGCCGCCGCAAAUACCGGCGUCCGCACCUUUCCGUGGAUUCCUCCCGCAAACAGCCAAUCCCGUUCGGUCACGAACACCGCAAACGCGCCUACGGUCCGCAAAUUCCGCGCGAAGCGCUUCGCGAAGCUUCCGCGAAAAGGAUCGAACGAGCUGACCGAUUCGCUGCUCCUGACCGCGUGGCUGGCGACUGUGGCUCCUGCUACAUCCGACCGGCCCUCGAUCUUAUCCGAUGCUUCGUUACUGUCACCCUACGCUACAGUCAACUACUUCGCGUUCGGAUCGAAUCUCAAUCUGGAUCUGCUACAGCGGCGGUCAACGGGAGUCAACGCACCUGUAGCAGAGUUUCUGGGUUCACCUGUAGCAGGGAUUCUGGGUUCGGCUGUAGCAGAGGAGGAUCCGGUUUUAGCAGAGCCGGCGGUGGUGUACCACCAUCGCCUGGCGUUCAACGUGCGCGUGCUGCCGCCGUUCGAACCGGCUGUAGCGGCGAUUGAGCCAGUCGGAGAGACAAGGGCGGCUGUAGCGGGAAAUAGGCGGGAUAGAGUCGCGAUGACAAGACCGGCUGUAGCGAGAAAUGGGUUGGAUAGAGCCGCAGGGACCAGAACAGCUGUAGCGGGAAGUGAACAGGCUUUAGCGCAGAGCAGGGCGGCUGUAGCUGAGGCAGGCUCGGCUGUAGCGCGAAACGGGGCGGCUGUAGCGGGGAUGGAGGGCAGGGAGGCAAGUCCGAGCGUGCAUGGGCUGGUGGUGCAGAUGCGACGAAUCGACUACGAACGGCUCAUGUGGUCAGAGGGCAUUUCUCGCAACGAACAGCGACCCUACAUAGAGCACCUCGUUACAGCACACACUUACUCCGGCAGCACUGUACAGGCACUUACCCUCCGCGCCAAUCCCAAGAGCCCAUCGUUCCUCCCGCCUCACAAGGAGCUGCCCCCCUCUGCUCGCUACCGCGGGUUGUUGCUCAAAGGGGCCAGGAGAGCGGGUUUGCGGCGAGAGUAUGUGGAGGAGAUGAGGAGAGUCAUGGAUGGGAAUCGCCUGGACGGGUGGUGGCAGUGGUGGUGA